UAGUGAGUGCAUUGCUUGUGCUUGUCCCCCAUGGAAAUCGAUCCCACAACCCUGGCGCCUUGCUCUACCAACUGAGCCACACAGGGCAUUAUGAUACAGUAACUUAACUACAGUCAUUCCCAUACAACCACUGUCCUUGAAUGCAAGUCAAAGGGUGUAAUAUUAACUUGGUUAGUAUCUAUUACCACCUCAUCCAUAAGGCAUUAUAUAAUUCCACAGUAUUAUUUUGGUUUAUGUGCAAUGAGAUGUGAUGGAUAAGAGUGGCCAAUUUGUCUUUGUGAUGGGACUGGUGGUUGCAGGUCCUGUUGAAGCAUAAAGGCUCUAGUCUGUGUGGUGGGGUCAUAGUUCAUCCUGACUGGGUCAUCACUGCUGCCCACUGUGUCCUGGAUAGAGACAACAAGGAUCUAAUGGUGGUCGCAGGGGAACACAACAUUGAGUUAGACGAGGGCACCGAGCAGAGGAUCCCCGUUGCCAGAGCCAUACCCUACAACCUGUACGACCCGGCAACAGGUGACAGUGACAUCGCCCUGCUGCGUCUGAGCGAGCCUGUAACUCUGGGCCCUAACGCUGUACCCGUCUGCCUGCCUCAGCAACACUUCGCCAAGAGUGAGCUUGCGGCCGUCCGCUUCCACACCCUCAGCGGCUGGGGGAGGCACACAAACGGGGGCAACGAUCCCCAACCCGGCACCAAGCCAGCCCCCUCCUCGCCCUUCCUCCGCAGGCUAGCCACACCCAUCCUGCCCAACUCCGAGUGCACCCUCAAGAGCGGCUUCAACUUCACCCAGAACAUGCUGUGUGCCGGCUACUUGGUGGGGAACCAGGAGGCCUGUAGGGGGUACGAUGGGAGCCCCCUGGUCACUAACUAUGGGGCCACCCACUUCCUGAUGGGCGUGGUGGCCUGGGGGAAGGGCUGCCCCAAACAGGGUUACUAUGGCGUCUACACUAACGUAGCCAACUACCUGGACUGGGCUGAGGAGGUGAUGAAUGCUCCUCCAGUCAGUGCCCCGGUGAUGCCAUUCCUGCUAGAGAUGGCAUUAGAUGAGGUUCAGAUUCAGCAGGCUACGGAGAAGUUAGUGCCACCACCUCCCAUUGAAUAUGAGUAGCGAAUAUGGCUAACUCCCAUUAGAUUUGUCACCAGUCACCACACAACACCAAACGUCACUACAGUGAUUCUAAUGCUAGGUGUUGUCACAUCACAUCAAUAAAGAUUUUAAUAUUAGAUGGAAGCUACAGUAUAUCAUGCUACUGGUGUAGCAUAUCGUCCUGUUUCAUCGCUUUGUAAACAGACAUCUUUUCACUCUGCUAUUCUUUUCAUUUGACUCUUAAUGUAAAGUGUAAGUUUCAUGACUCAAGUGGUGAUUCAGAUGACCUGAUGCCAUAGAGAAUGUUUGACCUGAUGCCAUACAGAAUGUUUGACCUGAUGCCAUACAGAAUGUUUGACCUGAUGCCAUACAGAAUGUUUGACCUGAUGCCA